CUUUGCGCGAUGACGUCAGUCUCCGAAAGAAGAUGGCGGCGCUUAAGAAGAGGGCGGAAGUGACAGCGGCAGUGUGCCGGCGGCGCCGGACCGCGUGAGUGCCCCCUGCUGGUUGGAGGAGCCCUUUGUCGCUGGGGUCGCUUCACCAUGAACAACAAGGAGAGCACUACUGAGUCUGAUAAUAGCAAGCAGAUGAAGGUGUUUCUGCCCAACAAGUUGCUGGAGUGUUUGCCUCGCACCUCCAGCCUGCCCAAGGAGCGACUACGCUGGAACACCAAUGAGGAGAUCGCGUCCUACUUGAUCUCGUUCGACAGACAUGAAGAGUGGCUCUCCUGCACCCUGAAGACCAGGCCCCUCAAUGGAUCCAUCAUACUCUACAACAGGAAGAAAGUGAAGUACCGGAAAGAUGGCUAUUGUUGGAAAAAGAGGAAAGACGGUAAGACGACAAGAGAGGAUCACAUGAAGCUGAAAGUGCAGGGCAUGGAGUGUCUGUAUGGCUGCUAUGUCCAUUCCUCCAUCGUCCCAACAUUCCAUAGGAGGUGCUACUGGCUGCUGCAGAACCCGGACAUCGUGCUGGUGCACUACCUAAACGUGCCGUCCCUGGAGGACUGCGGGAAGGUGAGCCGGCCGCUCCUGUGCGCCGUGGCUGAGCGCCGCGACAGCCUGCGCUGGAGCCGCGAAGAGCUGCUGUCCCAGCUCAAGCCCAUGUUCCACAGCAUCAAGUGGUCCUGUGGGAACAGCAGCAGCAAUGGCUCCUCGGAUCUCUCCAUCGAGCAGCUGGUGCAGCACAUCAUGGAGUCACAGCAGACCAAGCCGCAGCCCCGCACGCAUGCCUGCCUCUGCAGCACGGCCCUGGCCUCCCCAGGGGCCAACAUUCCCCACCGGUGCAACAGCACCAAGCACCGGAUCAUCUCCCCCAAACUGCCCCCCCACCCCGCCGAUGUGCAGGGCCUGGCCUCCGCCAGCGAGGGAGGAGGCGGCCAUGAGGCGGAGGGGAGCGAUGCACCGGCGGGGGUGGGAGGCGCAGCGGGUGGGGCCGCGCCGGGAAAGGCCCAGACACCGGUGACGGUGGUGCGGAGGCUGGGCGUGCGGAGCCCGGCGGCCCCCCAGGACAGCGCAGGGGCCUCCCCCUGUUCCGGCGCCGACUCCUCCUCCUCCUCCUCUUCAUCCUCCUCCAGUCCCCCGAAGCCGCACCAGGCCUCCCCUCUCACCCUUGGCAGCAACGGUGCUGCCUGCAACGGUUUCUAUAGCAACCAGCAGAGCCUGGCAACCGUCACCUUGCCCCAGAAUGCUGUCAUCGUCAUGACAACUGCCAUCAGCCGAGCCAAGGACGGCGAGGACGCCAAAGGGGAGCGGGCGACCCCGGCGUCGCCCUGCCUGUCGGUGGCGCAGUCCGGCUGCCUGGUGCUGUCCCCCGUGCCCCCGAACCCCGACACGCCCCCGCCCCCCUCCGCCUCCGCACCUCACACCCCCGUCUCGGCCGCAGCGGCCGCCGCUUCCUGCCCCACCUCUGGGGGGCCCCCCACGCCCCGCACCGCCUGCCCCACCCCAGGCGUGGCCACUCUCAGCCUCACCCUGCUGUCCAGCCCUGUCAUUGGUGGCCUCCUCCUGACGGACCGCCUCCUUCCCGGGGCCGACCCCCCUGCUUCCCUGUCCCUCCUCUCCCCACACCCUCCUUCUCCGUCCCCGUCUCCCCUCCCAGUGACAUCUGGGCUCUCCCCGUCUCUCUGUGCCCACUCCCCCCCUUCCCUGCCUCCUCCUUCCCCUUCCCCGGGCCUGCCCUCCUCUGACACCCUCGUGGCUUUCGAUCCGGACUCCUUCCUGAACAGCCCCAAGCAGGGCCAGACCUACGGGGGCCCCUCCCACCCACGCUCGCACCCCAAUCCCUCCCCCACCCUGUCCCCGUCCUCGCAGGCCCCCUCGCUCGCCCUCUCCCUCUCUCCUGCCUCUCCGCCCUCGUCCUCCCCACCUUCCUCACUCUCCUCCUUCUCCUCGGAGGCGGAGCGUGGGAGGGACACAGAACGGGAGUCCGCCCCCCUCAUCCCUACCUCCCCACACCUCUCCUUCCCCCUCUCCCCCUCCCAGCCCCCCUCUCCCAUGCUCCCCCUCUGCCUGGAACCGUCCUUAAACCUGGACACCCUAAGCACGCUGGAGCCGGUGGACCCGGCCAGGGGGGGCAGCGUGCAGCUGGCGAGGGCUGGAGAUGAGGGUGGGGGGCGAUGCCUGGAGGGAGAGCCAAUUCUGGGCCAAAUGCUGUCCCCGAAUCCAUCAGAGGUGGCCCGAGAUCCGGAUCUUUCCGAGACGGACCUCAGCGGGCCCAAACGGACACGGGAGCAGUGGCCUGAUAACCGGCUCCUGAAGGAGGAGGAUCAGGAGCAGCGGCAGCUGUACCUUCUACAGUACAAGCCGCAGGAGGUGCUGAAAAGGGAGGUCCGGCAAGAGGAGUCUGAGCAGGCGGAUGGGCCGCAGCGGCCGGCCAAUCAGGGCCUGAAGAGGGAGGAUCCCGGGCCCCAGCCGCCGGUGCUCCCCAAGAAGCAAGUGCUGCCGACGGGGGAUGGGCGGGGUCUCGGGAGCUUGAUGGUGAGCUUCAGGAACACCUGCGCGGGGACGGUCGGGCCCUGGGUUCAGGUGAAGGAGGAGUCCGCCUUCUCCUCGUCCUCCUCUUUGUCCACCUCCUCCUCAUCAUCUUCCCGCUUGAGCGGUUACGAGGCCGAGGAGACUCCCAUGGACACCAACCACAGCGGGGACGACGUCGAAAGCGAGCAGGAGCCGGCAGCCCGGCAGUCCCCCUCCGGGCCCCAAGGGGGCGACGGCGGGCCGCUGGAGGCCGGGGCGGCGGCCGGAGAAGCCUUCGUCAUCUCUUUCGACAGCCCCUUUCCGGACCUCAUCUCUGAGCUCAUGGCCGAGGACAGCCGGCCUGCCCAGAGCGGUCGAGCCACUUCCCCCUCGCCCCAGGCCCAGUCCCUGCCCUUCUGCUUUUCCUCCCUGUCUCAGCCCGUCUCUCUGCCCACGGCCACCGGGGGGCGCUAUGUGGUGGAGUCGCAGGCCUUGCCCACACCAUCCUCGCUGCCUUUUCCCUCGUUGUCCCCCUCGGCACCGGCUGGCGACCCUGACACUGACCUCCAUGCCCUGGCCACCAUCACAGACUUCUCCCCCGAGUGGUCCUACCCGGAGGGUGGCGUGAAGGUGCUGAUCACGGGGCCCUGGACAGAGGCAAUGCACCGCUACACCUGCAUGUUCGACCACAGCACGGUGCCGGCCUCCCUCAUCCAGCCCGGGGUGCUGCGUUGCUACUGUCCUGCCCACGCAGCCGGCCUGGUGACCCUGCAAGUUCUGGAGGACACGGUCAGGGUCUCGUCCUCCGUGCUGUUUGAGUACCGCCCGCGCAGCGCCUCCUCCCUGCCUUCCUCCCAGCUCGACUGGCUCUCCCUGGACGACGGCCAGUUCCGCAUGUUCAUCCUGGAGAGGCUAGAGCAGAUGGAGAGGCGCAUGGUGGAGAUGGCGGCUGGCAGCGACCAGCGGCAGCAGGCGAGUCAGCGCCCCACCCCCGACAUGGAGGAGAAGGCACCUGCCCCCCAGUCUGGCCCCUGGUUCGAGCAGAGGAUAGUGGCUGUGUGCGACAGCAUGAUGGCCAGAGGAUGCUGGACCGCUGGGCGUGGCGGCGGCGAUGGCAGCGAUGGUGGCGACAGGCUCCUGCACUCCGCCUGCUACAGAGGGAUGACCCUCCUGCACCUGGCGGCUGCCCAGGGCUACGUGCAGCUGAUCCACACGCUGAUGCGCUGGAGGAACGUGAACUUGGACAGUCUGGACCUGGAGCAGGAGGUGGACCCCCUGAACGUGGACCACUUCUCCUGCACGCCUCUGAUGUGGGCCUGCGCUCUUGGCCACCAGGGGGCAGCAGUGCUGCUGUAUCACUGGAACAGUCUGGCUGUGGACAUCCCGGACUCCCUGGGGCGGUUGCCCCUGGCCGUGGCUCGCUCCCGGGGCCACACCAGGCUGGCCAACUGCCUGGAAGAGCUCAUCGUUCAAUGGGGGGCCGCUGGUGAAGGGGCUGACCUGGGCCAGACCACGCCACUGCCGCCCCCACCCUCGCCGCUUUCCAGCAGCCCUGACACAGGUCUGAGCUCCUGCAGCAGCCUCGCUUCCCCCGGCGACCCUCCAUCGCGAUCUCCUAGCUCCGCUUACUCCAGUGGCUCCGCCCCCCCCAGCUCACCGCUCCACAGUCCCACUGACGCCAUGGACACCACAGGACCCUCGCCCUCUGGGUCCUCACCACCGGCUUCACCGCUUGGUACCUCGCCUCGCCUCCGGCUGCCUCUGCCCCUGCCUCCCUGGGAGCCCACCCAGGAGCCGUCCUUCCUCAUGGAGUAUGAGUCAGCCGGCAGCCCACCUGGAACGCCUCAUUCCAAGCAUACCGAUUUUGAGGCCGAGCUGCUGGGUUUAGGCGAGGAUGCUGAGAAUGAGGACUACCUGCCAGCUGUGGAAGACCUUCAGGUGGACAUGGUGACUCUUGCAGAGCAGAUCAUUGAGGCCACGCCAGACCACAUAAAGCAGGAAGAGCUUCCCCGGGAGUCGCCCCUCAGAGAGAGGAGGGAUAAUGCCGCCAUCCCCGACACCAUGCCUUGGCUGGCCACCUACCUGGACACGGCAGACACUCUGCCGACACCGUUGCCACCCAGGUAUGUCCGAUCCUCGGCACUCCCACCCUCUUCCAGGUCACCCCGCUCCCCGCAGCCUCCGUCUCCCCUGGGUGCCCUGGCACUCCAGCGGCUGCGCCCCCACAACAGCGCCGCCUGGGCCGAGUUCCUGGGUGCCUCGGCCAACGGGCGCAUGGAGCACGACUUCGCCCUGUUGACGUUGAGUGACAGCGAGCAGCGGGAGCUCUACGAGGCUGCCCGCGUCAUCCAGAACGCCUUCCGCAGAUACAAGGGUCGCAGGCUGAAGGAGCAGCAGGACAUGGCAGCCGCCAUCAUCCAGAGGUGCUACAGGAAGUACAAGCAGCUUACAUGGAUAGCCCUCAAGUACGCCCUCUACAAGAAGAUGACGCAGGCGGCCAUCUUGAUUCAGAGCAAAUUCCGCAGCUACUACGAGCAGAAGAAGUUCCAGCAGUCGCGGCGGGCGGCCGUGCUCAUCCAGCAGUACUACCGCAGCUACAAGGGGUACGAGCGGCUCAAGCAGGCUCACCGGGGGGCCGGCCCGCUCAACGCCAAGAUCAGGGGGUCAUUCCUGACGAAGAAGCAGGACCAGGCGGCCCGCAAGAUCAUGAGGUUUCUUCGUCGCUGCCGGCACAGGAUCAAGGAGCUGAAGCAGAGCAGAGAGCUGGAGAGGCUGCAGAAGCGAGGCCUGGCCUCUUGAUGGCGCUGUUUCACACCUCUGCGGUCGCUCCUCAUGUAUGGUGGGGUUGUGGGCUGGGGGGAGGGGGGGCAUGGCUGCAAAUUUUCAUACAGACGUUUUGCUUCCUGGGCAAACACACUCACGCACAAGUUCCCUCGUGUCAUGGAGUCCACCCAUGCUUCCUCCUUCCUGUGCGACCCCCCCCCCCCGCCACCCACAUGAUUCACUGGGACGGCUGCCGCCAUCCUGUCCCUCUCGCUUCCCUCUUUCUCUUCCCCGUUGUCAUCCUCUGCCUCUUCAUUUCUUGAGAAGGAGAAAGGAGGAGGCCAAAGGGGGGGUGGAGGGAAACAUCUGCCUUAUUUUCUUUUAAUCUUUCUGCCCCGAACAGAAGGAGUUUACGCGAUUGGGUCAUUUCUUCACUUCAGGCGAUUUUUUCUUUUUAAAUGUUUAUCUUUCCUUUCGCAAAGCAAGAAAAAUGCUUUUUUCAGAAUGUAUUGUACUGUUGUGGUAUUCUUACAGACUAUAUAUACAAAAAUAUAUUACAUUGUUAAUGUCUAACAUUCUUAUUUAUUGGAUAUAUACCUUUUUUGAGGCAUGUUUUUAUAUUACUGUACCUUCAGAUGGGGAAAAAAUAACUUUAUGAAAUGACUGAAGAAUCGACUCUCUUAACUUGAACCUGUGACGCACCGACAGAUAUUACAAGUCAUAAAGUCUUAAUCCAGAGAGGUUUUCAAUGUUUACUCUGCCUUUUUGUGCACCCCCAAAAGUUACAAAUUAACGCGUUCGUUUUUAGACUUGGACCAAUGCCAGAUUUAGCAGGAGACUGUACCAUUUGAGGCUGGGGGGGGGGGGGGAGAGGUUGAUGGGAGCUGAAAUGAACUGAUGAGGUCCCGAGGGUCUGCCAGUGACGUCAGUAUGGGAGACAGUAGAGCCAUUACUGUCACGCCAGUUGUAUUUUUACUUUUUUUUUAUUUCGAUUUUCGAAGCGUAAUCGACUGUCAUGUGUGAAGGCCAAACGUGGAGAUCCGAGAGACACUCAUACAGGCGUCAUGAGAUGUGACCUUUGUGUGGCUAAGUGCUGGAUUUGUGCAUCCGCUGCCGCUGGUCUGAUUGGUCCAAAAAGCGUCGGUUCCUCGCUCACCCGCUCGGUUUGGUUUGGACCUGUUUAUGCUCUACAGUCGUUUCUAACAGAUGACUGCACGAUAGCACCACAGGCUACCUGUACUUAUUCCUCAAUGUGCUAUUUUUAUUUAUUUUAUUAUUUUUUUAAAUUCAUUAAGUGCUCGAUUAUGGAUGCUGCAGGCGAACGUGCAACCUGGCUCAGUAUGAGAAGGACUUGAGAUUGCACACGCAGCGCUGUUUUGGUACGUGUGUGUGUGCCUGCGUUGUUACCCGUGCAUGUGCCUGUUUAUGACGACUUGUAGGUUGACUCUUCCGUCGGGCUGCAGUUUGUGUUCAGGUAUUGGUGAUGGAUAGUAGGGAGGGGGGGGGGGGGGGGUGUCAGGCUGACAAACGUGACAAUCCACAUAGGCCUGGUUAUGGGAAGAAGAGGAGAUCCGCAUGCGGAUGAACGGAAUCCGAUAAUCGGUGCUCUGAUCCCUGGAGAGAUGAUUCGGUUGAAGGGGUUAAAAGGGGAAUAUGGAUUGUCAAGUUUGUGCAACUGAGAAAAUUACAGUAACGUGCCUUUAUGCUAAGGGAAGAAGCAAUGUCAAGUCAGAUUUAGAGCGGGAAAGGGUUUGUAUUUCCCUGAAAAGGAAGCCUACAAACACGCAGAUGUGGCCUACAGUCUUACCCACGUUUAUAGGCUACAUUCAGCGAUUGGUUCUGACUGGGGGUGUCGCAUAUCAGUUGGUGAUUGUGUUGACCAGGGAGGGUCUCCUUUCUCCAUCCCUGUCCGCCCAGUAGUCCACUAUGGGAGAUCUGGUGAGGUAUUCUUGAGCAGCAGAUAUGUUAACGACAGACACUAACACAAUGUCCUUAAUUUCAUCGUUUGUUUUUAUUAUUUUUAACUGCUAGCCUAUUUCACGGAGCCAGUUAUAAGUUGUAUUGCUGAAAAAGUUUCAGGUAAUAACAAAGAACUUGUAUAUGUGAUGUAUGUACAAAAUGAUAUUUUACUCAUUUUAAAUGUGCAGUGCCUUAAAUUCUUAUUUUGGUAGCUGCAGAAUCUUACUCGGUAGAAAUGUCAUAUAUGAGCGUAUGAUGCAAUGUUUUUACGUGUCAAACCAAGACACCGCGUGCAGGACAGUUCCUAUACGGUAUAUUCCUGUUUUAAAGGGAAUUCGGAUCCAGCAUCGUAUAAGGACUUUAGGUGUUUUGUCCCGGUCCUUCAGACGCGGUGGGAAAGCUGAUAGCUGAUGGUGAGUCGAGUAAUCGUAAUGAUUUUGCUCCAGGGGAAUCCAUUUAAUGCACAUUCGGUUUGCGUCAGGGUUCCGGUGUGGUCUUGAACUAAAGUUUACGCCGCGAGAGUUCGCUAGGCACUGCACUUUUAAAAGAAGCCAAUAAAAUCCACGGAAACAAAUAUUUCUCAAAAACAAUUACUUUUUUAACACUAACAAUCAGUCUAGGACUUAGCUCGAGGAGGACUGAAUUUAAUAAUUAUGCAUUAGUCUGUAAAUAAUGUAAAAUACGAGACAGCUGAGAAUAUAUUUAAAAAAUAACGAGCUUUCUGGAUUAAUGUGGAGAAAAUAUUAUUCCGCAUUUGAAAUAUACUGGUGUCUAUGAUGGAAUUGCAUGUUCAUAUCCAAUUUUAUUUUAAAGUUUGUUUUUUUCUGUCCCCCUCUGUUUUUAAAGACCGCGUGAUCAGUGGCUACGGCUUUGUUAUUUAAAUUGCUCUGCAUGAGUUUCAAUCUUCUGCAUCACUUACAAAAUAUUACGUAUGUGACGUGUCCACGUCAUUCACUACUGGUGUUUAAACGCUUAUUUAUAUAUAAAGUCAUUUAAGAUUUUUUUUUCCUCCUGUGCUGUAAAUGUUUUUAUUUUCUUGAUUUUCGGAUCUGUUAAUAUUUCUUAAGAAUGAAAAUAAAAUGAACAUUGAAACA